UAUAGCUAUAACGUUACAUGUUAUGCCAUGGUUUGUCUUCCUCUUUGUAGCGUUGUCACACAUAAAUGUACGCUUGAACCUUAAUAUUUAGUCAAUGGCUUGAACACGACUUUCGUUGUAGUCGACUUUUGCUUCUUGAAUAUCAGACUCAUCCUGCUCUCUGUAACGGUACUCUCUUUGCCUCAACCUACAACAGAUUGUACACAAUCAUCAUGGCGACCCAGGAUGGAAGUGAAGAAGUCAUAAUGGAAACCGAGGCAAAGCCAAAAGAAGCCGAGCCACUCUGUGAGGAUGCUGAAAAAGUUGACACAGAAACUACGUCAUACACAGAUGCGGGAGACGCCACAACUCAGGACUCUAGUAUUAGCAAUGGGGACAACGCAGACGGUGAACAGGAGAUGGUGGACUUGAAGAUUAUCUGGAACAAGAAUAAAUAUGAUCUGAAAAUUCCUGUUGAUAACACCGGAGCCCAACUAAAAGAGAGGAUCCACUCACUCACUGGUCUUCCACCUGCAAUGCAGAAAGUGAUGUACAAAGGAUUGCUUCCAGAGGACAAGACGCUACGUGAAAUAAAGAUUACAAAUGGUGCAAAAAUAAUGGUGGUAGGAUCUACAAUAAAUGAUGUAUUAGCUGUGAAUACACCCAAAGAGGCUGUUCAGCAGGAAGUUAAGGCUGAAGAAAACAAGAAAGAGCCUUUAUGCAGUCAAAAGCAACACAGGAAAGUUUUGGACAAAGGUAAACCAGAUGACAUAAUGCCAUCUAUUAAAGGAACAAAGGAACGAUUACCGACGGUGCCUUUAUCCGGAAUGUUUAACAAGUCCGGAGGAAAAGUUAGACUCACAUUCAAACUGGAGCAGGAUCAGCUGUGGAUCGGAACAAAGGAGAGAACGGAGAAAGUCCCAAUGGGCUCCAUUAAAAACGUAGUGUCUGAACCCAUCGAAGGCCAUGAGGACUAUCACAUGAUGGCUUUUCAGUUGGGUCCAACAGAAGCGUCUCAAUAUUGGGUCUACUGGGUGCCUGUCCAGUUUGUCGAUGCAAUCAAAGACACAGUCCUUGGAAAAUGGCAGUAUUUCUAAUGUGCCUCUUUUUUUGAACUGGGAUUGAGACGAGGAGCCAAUGAAAAAUGAAACUGGAGUCAACAGUGAGGCUUCAGGAACUUCUUGGAAUUCAUUCGAAGGAAACGGACGGAUGCCUGUGGACUAAUCAUAUUGUUUUUAGGCUAAAAGUGCACUAUGUGGCAGCACAUUUCUCAGCCCUGUUGAUCAUUCAAGGUUUUCAGCAAAUCCAAGGGAAAAUGAUGAAACAAUUGUACAGAAAUUGCUAACACUUUUCUUCAAUUAUUCUUAAAGAAAUAAAACUUAUUUAAUGAAAUGAA